AUGUCGCUCCUUGCAGAGCAAUCGGACGAUUCAAAGUUGUUGCAAUGUUGGCCCUGGCAAGUAAUAGAUCAAGAGGAGGAUCCCUUCAUGCUGUAUAAAUGGCGACAGAGGCUGGAGCAUGCGUUGAUUGGUACAAGUGACAAUACGACUGAAGAGUUGGAGGAAUCAAGAACAAGCUGGGUGGAGACGGCUGUGGACAAGGUGGUUGACAACAAGAUGAGAUGCACCCUGCUUUAUCUCGAAAUCUUCCAUGUCAUCCUCAAACAAUACCGUAAACUGGAUUUACCGGGGGCACAUGUUGGUUACACGCUUUAUUCAACAUGGAUUGGUCAUCCACAAACAUCCACAUGGUUGAGUACGUUUACAAGUGCACAUGACAAGCUGGAGAUCACCGCUUAUCUUGUAUUUCUCAACGACGUUUCCAAGACAUAUGACAUUGCAUUUGAACAAGGAGCCAUGGUGCAUGAAACAGCCUCUGCAAGGAAAUUGUUAAUCAGCCAUUUACAACACUUUUGCACCCUAUGGAGCUACCCUUACAUUGCCGUGGUUAGAAGAUCUUUUGAGCUAGUGUCAAGGCUCCUUCGUAGUCCCAUUGACAAAAUCAAGAUAGCAGGUGUCCUUGAACGAUUGCUUGCUUGGGCCGAUCGACUCAACACCCAUUUCACAAUCGACAUGUUUUGGGAAUGCUUUGAAACUGAUAGGACCGAAUUCUACCAUCAACCUAUCAUUCAGCACGAUGAUAUCACAGUGGAUCGCGAAUGCCUGAAACUAGCUAUGCAAGUUUUUGUGGCCUCCUUAUGUUCUCUUGCGAAUUACAAUCAAGUGGACUCGUCUAUCUUAGUGGCUCUUGGGCGCAUACUGGAGCGGAUACAUGGAUGGCGAGAAUACAUGUCGGAUGAGCAGCUCCUUGAAGCUGUGCUUGAACUACACGGGGGUAAUGAUGAGGAUGCAAUCAACCUGCAACUGGACGUGUUGACAAUUGACAAUAAGCUUCAACGAGCCGACGAGGCAAGCAGUUUUAAGCAGUGUUUUCAAGAACUGAUCCAGGUGGUGAGCCCCAAUCGCCUUUUCCUAUGGUUUUGUGAAAGGACUGGGAUGGAUUACAGUUUGCUUGUGGAUCUCUUGCUUUCGAACGAAACUGAAUUUUUACGUUUCCUUGUUGAAUAUCUCAAGCACAUUGAAAUGGACCCCGAUGGAUUUAUUUACACAUGUGAAAAGUUUGUAGAUGGUGGUGUGGAAAAAGUCAUGGACAUGUUAUCAAGGCUUGUUUUGGUUUUGGAAGCGGGUGGAUUCCCAUACAACCCUCGGCAUCUUAUCAAUCGGCUCAAUUACAUACUCGCAUUAAUUCAGGCACGCAUCGAGAAUCAAUGA